CCGGGCCGUUCAACCCCUCACUACAGCAAACACAUUGUUGGACACCGCAACUCAACUUGAGAACCCCGCUCCUCGCUUGCACCACGAGUGAAGCAGGUAGUAUUCCAAAUACUGCGCGAUCCCAUUCCAAAAAAAAAAAAAAAAAAAAAAAAAAAAAAAAAAAAAAAAAAAGGAAAGGAGGAAAAAAUAAAAAAAAAGAAAAGAAAACAGAUCCGCUAGAGCAUCAGAUUACAUUAGGAUAUCAGCGCAGUGGUCUGGAGACGCCAGGCCGACUCAAUUCGACUCACCCAGGGCCACGGCUGAAACCGAGAAGUCUACCGCUGAGGCGGUGACGGAUAUGGAUCUCUCACGGCCUGUUCUCGAUCCGGCGGCGGAUGAUCGUUCGGAAAAGGUCACAUCAGCUGGGCCGGAAGGCUCCUCCACCACAGAAGCCGAACCAUUCUCCGUCUUCACCAAUGGCCAGAAGAGAUGGAUCAACUGGGUCGCCUCCUUCGGCGCCAUGUUUUCGACGCUCAACAGCUACAUAUACUUUCCGGCCGUGGUUCCCAUCGCUAGUGACCUCAAUGUUUCGGUAGCCUUGGUGAACUUAACCAUCACUUGCUACCUCGUUGUUGCGGGCAUUGCACCUGCAAUCAUGGGAGACUUGGCGGAUCAUGAAGGAAGGCGACCUGCGUACAUCAUCAUGUGCGUCCUCACGGUUGGCGCCAACGUGGGGUUGGCCCUCCAACGGUCUUAUCCUGCCCUGGUCGUGCUGAGAAUGAUUCAAGCCGCUGGUUCCUCGGGCGCCUUCGGGGCGGCACACGGCGUCGUCUCGGAUAUCUCCCCGGUUGCGGAGAGGGGAUCCUUCACCGGCACGGUCAUUCUCUUUACGAACACCGCACCCAGCUUCGGUCCGAUCAUCAGCGGGGUCCUGGCCGAGACUGUAGGCUGGCGGUGGAUCUUCUGGCUCUUGACCAUCUUGACGGCGACCUACUCGGUGGUGCUGGUCUUGUUCUUCCCUGAGACACAACGCAAGCUCGUCGGGAACGGCAGUAGACGGGUGCAGUGCCUCCUCUACCGCAGCCUCUUUUCGACCGUUACCAGUCACCGCCACGUGAUGGACAAGACCAUCGAGCCGUCGCGACCGAAGCACCACAUUCCCAACCCGUUCGCUUGCCUGCCCAUGCUCGCCUAUAAGAACAACUUCCAUCUUGUGGUUUUCGCGUCCAUAACCUACGCCCUGAGAAUGACCCUGCAGGCGUCUCUCGGAUCUCAGUGUCCCGGGAUAUACCGACUGAACUCUCUCCAGGCUGGACUCAUCUUCUUGCCGCCCGGUGUUGCGGGCGCAGUGGCAGCCAAGCUCCAGGGGGUGCUGAUUGACAGGAACUAUAAACGAAUGUGCGCACAGCUUGACGGCGCCGAGUUCCACCGGGGAGAGGAUAUUUCCGACUUCCCCAUCGAGAAGGCCAGACUCAAGGGCGCGACGGUCAUGAUCGCUAUUACUGUCGCCGCGACGGUUGGGUACGGUGUGGCGUUGAUGACGCGUGCUCACAUCUCGGUGAUGCUGAUCAUGCAGUUCGUAACGAGCUAUACCACGAGCAGCGUCUUCUCGAUCACCAACACGCUGCUAACAGACCUUAACCCAACCCGGGCGGCAUCGGUCCGAGGAGCCUCGAACCUGGUACGGUGCCUGCUCGCUGGUGGCUGCAUCGCGGCACUGGAGCCGGUGACGGAGAGGAUCGGACUGGGAUGGUGUUUCGGCGUGUAUGCUAUUCUUCAGGCGCUGGUGGUGCCGUUAAUUUGGCGACUGGAGGCGAAAGGCUUGACAUGGAGGGAAGAGCGGGCAGCUCGGCUGGCCCGGGAGGGUGCAAAUCAACCCUAAAUAAGGGGCUAACAUCCCGGUCGAUGCCCCGGCCAGGCCAGGCGGAUCGAC